GAAAUGAUUUCUUUCGCAAGUACCCGGCUGAUUGUUCGUCUGCAACGUAAUAUCUCUCCGACAGGGAUCUGUUUCUACUGUGUCACAUUUAAUUUACCCUCGAUCUGGGGAAGCCCGUUUCCGCGAGCAAAGAAUUGGGAGUACCCGCAUUCUUGUUUCGGGUCCGUCGAAGGCCGUGUAUUCGGGGCGACUGACAGUGGUGGGGGUCGACGCUUAGGGCGCUGUGUGGGUAAUCUCCUCCGCCAAAGAUAUAACUGGUUGGCCUCUUGAGAGCUGAAGGGGUUCGUUGACAAAGUCAAAAUGUCCCGCCGCAUGGCAUCCAGAUCUAGGCUGCUUUUUGCAGCUUUUUGUGCGGGCGGUGUGCUCCUCGGGGCCGGGCCGCCUGCCGCGCGGCAGAGUGCCUUCACCGUCGCCAGCACGGUAGCUGGUGGAGAGACGGGAUAUACCAGCAGUUUGGAAGUCGAGUCUCCGGAAAAUGUGGGAGUUCAUGAGGGCGACGAGAACUCUCAACAUGCACAUGAUGAAAUCCCCGUCGAAGCUGCCGAGGGCGAGGAGGUCGGCUCUUCGAGGUUGAGCUCCUCUAACCGCAGCAGAACUACUCACGCCACGUCGGCCACGCGCAGGGGAUCCAGAAGCCGUCUUCUGCUUCCCGCAGCCCUCAUUUCUGCUUUGGCUUUGAGUGGAUUGAUUGGCUCCUCCAUGAUGAAAGAGACCGCCGAGGAAACUGGCGAGCCCAGAGCUGCCACUCCCGAGAAGCAAGCCGACGCGAAAGGCGCACCGCCAGAAGAGGCGAAGGUCGUAGAGCAAGAGGGCGCGCAAGUUGCACAUCCAGAGGGCGCGCAAGUCGCAGAAGAAGACUCACGAUCCAGGCAGCGUCGCAUGCAGGCCGCAGUCUUGGCUGCAGUUCUGGUCGCAGCGGUCAUCUACGGCGUGUACGACAAGGCUUCAUUGACGUCGCCGACCACCACAUCUUCAGAAUCGGGGACCUCGUUCCGCCAUCCGGAGCUGGCCCUCGAAGACUCAGAGGCGGACCUCGGUGGGCAGCUGGAGAUGGCCCUCAUUGAUGCGUCGCACGAGACACCAGGGGGAGCGCCAUCUGAGGGCAUGGCUGGGGCUGUUUCGUCACUCAUAGCUCGUGUGGUCGAUGGAGUUGUGCAAUUCCUUCAAGACCCCGCUUCACAGAGGAAGAGCCUGGGAAUGGCGGCAUCUGCUGUCGCCUUGGCUUUUCUGGCCGCUGGUGCUCUACGGGCCCGGCAAGCUGCAAAGGCAUUGACACACCGCCCAGCGCCACCCCCUGCUAGCAAGGAACAAGGGGAAAGCGCGCAGGAAGCUCUGGAAGAACUUGAGCCGGCUCCCGAGACACAGACCGAGCAGGUGGAUCAGGCUUCUAUGCCACUGCCCCCGGCCCCCGAAGACUUUGACCUGCCUCCUAUGCCACUGCCCGAAGCACCCGAAGACUUUGACCAGGCUCCUAUGCCACUGCCCGAGGCAGCCGAAGUCUUUGACCAGGCUCCUAUGCCACUGCCCGAAGCACCCGAAGUCUUUGACCAGGCUCCUAUGCCACUGCCCGAAGCACCCGAAGUCUUUGACCAGCCUCCUAUGCCACUGCCCGAGGCAGCCGAAGUCUUUGACCAGGCUCCUAUGCCACUGCCCGAAGCACCCGAAGACUUUGACCAGGCUCCUGAGCCACUGCCCGAGGCAGCCGAAGAAUUUGAUCAGGCUCCUAAGCCAGUGCCCGAGGCAGCCGAAGAAUUUGACCAGCCUCCUGAGCCACUGCGCGAGGCAGCCGAAGAAUUUGACCAGGCUCCUAUGCCAGUGCCCGAGGCACCCGAAGACUUUGACCAGAUUCCUAAGCCAGUGCCCGAGGCACCCGAAGAAUUUGACCAGGCUCCUAUGCCACUGCCCGAGGCACCCGAAGAAUUUGACCAGAUUCCUAAGCCAGUGCCCGAGGCACCCGAAGAAUUUGACCAGGCUCCUAUGCCACUGCCCGAGGCACCCGAAGAAUCCGAGCAGGCUCCUGAGCCACUGCCCGAGGCACCCGAAGAAUCCGAGCAGGCUCCUGAGCCACUGCCCGAGGCACCCGAAGAAUCCGAGCAGGCUCCUGAGCCACUGCCCGAGGCACCCGAAGAAUCCGAGCAGGCUCCUGAGCCACUGCCCGAGGCACCCGAAGAAUCCGAGCAGGCUCCUGAGCCACUGCCCGAGGCACCCGAAGAACUUGACCAGCCUCCCAUGCCACUGCCCGAGGCACCCGAAGAAUUUGACCAGCCUCCCAUGCCACUGCCCGAGGCACCCGAAGAAUUUGACCAGGCUCCUAUGCCACUGCCCCCGGCCCCCGAAGACUUUGACCAGCCUGCUAUGCCACUGCCCCCGGCCCCCGAAGACUUUGACCAGGCUCCCAUGCCACUGCCGCAGGCACCCGAAGAACUCGAGCAGGCUCCCGCUUCACACCCCGAGGAGGCGGAGCAGGAGGUGCCUGAGAGAAAAACUGACGCAGGAAGUGAACCUGAGAAGGAUCCCGAAACAAACUUGUUAGAGGAAGAGGACGAGUUGAAGCCAUAAUCCGACCACCGGAUCAAUUCAGGCAGGCUUCCGAGACACAGCCGCAGGAGCAGGUGCGCUCUCAGCCUGGUCGGAGCGACGGAAAGUGUACGGACAAGAGGGACGAAGUUGACCUCGAUGUGCUCGAG